UAGUUAAUGCAAAGUGCAAGUUGAUUGGAAGAGCACUGAAAAAACGGAGAAGACGACAAGAAGGAUUUUGGAAUUUUAGGAUAUACCUACUGCUAUUCGGUACAUUCCAAUAGUGGAGGAAUACCGAAUAAAUACUUUUGGAAGGCGGGAACAAGCUCCCCCACACUCUGUAAUUUCGCACCUUUGCCCAAUUGCAACUUGGAAUUUGAUCAUUUCGUAAAAUAUUUCUUUAAAAUCCCUCAUAUUCUCUGUUUUCCUCUGCUCAUUCAUCAGAUUUCACAGCAAGCUUAAAACUUCUCUGACAUAACAAUGGGGGAUCUUCAUUCUGCAGAAGAACAUGGAAAGACUCAAAUUUCAGCUGUUAUUUUUGAUUUGGAUGGUACCCUUUUGAGCACAGAGCACUUGACAAAGGAAAUUCUGAAGGAAUUUUUGGCUGGAUAUGGGAAGGUGCCAGAUAAGGAGAAGGAAAAGAAAAGAUUGGGCAUGACCCAGAAAGAGUAUGCUAUUGGCAUUGUCAGUGAUUACGACCUCCCUCUCACGCCCGAUCAGUAUAUCCAAGCAAUCAUGCCCUUUUAUCAUGACAAGUGGUUGCAAGCGAAAGCACUUCCUGGUGCUAAUCGCCUUAUAAGACAUUUCCAUAAGCAUGGAGUUCCUUUUGCCCUUGCCUCAAAUUCCAAAAGGAAAAACAUAGAUGGGAAAGUCUCUCGCCAAGAAGGUUGGAUAGAAUGUUUUUCCGUAAUUCUUGGAAGUGACCAGGUUAAAUCAGGGAAGCCUUCUCCAGACAUCAUCGGAGUCAAGGCAGGGAAGGCUGCUGGAAUGAAGGUGGUAGCUGUACCAUCUUUCCAUUCUGAAUUUGAUCAAUAUUCAAUAGCUGAUUCUGUGCUUCGCUCACUCCUAGAGUUAAAGCCGGAACUAUGGGGUCUCCCACCAUUUGAAGACUGGGUUGAUAAUGCGUUGCUGGUUGAACCUGUUCAUUUCAGGGGUCUGUACAAAAACGGCCUCCUCCUUGAUUUUGCAGAUGAUGGGCCAUCUAUUCUACCCGAUCAAGUGUUUGGAGUUUAUUUUGGCUGGGCAAAACCUGAGGCAUACAAGUUCAUAAAGAUUGUUCUUGGCGUUGGAUGGGGACAUGGUUGCUGCAGUUCUAAGAGGAAGAUUCAAGCUUGUAUAGUUGAUUCAAGUGACGAGCAGAUCCAGCAUUGCAAAAUGGAAGCUGUGAUUGUAGGUUACAUCAGAGGAUCACACGAUGAGGGAAAAUCUGACAAAAUAGAAAUACUUGAGGAAGACAAGUCAAUUGCCAAUGCUGCUUUGAAUCUGUCUGAAUUCUCCCUUGGUGCAUUCAAGUCCCUCUUCUCUGAAGUUGCUUUACAAGAUGAUUGCGACCUUAACAUAAAAUGAACAAGGAUACGAUUGGCAUUGGCACAGCGAUUAGUUACAUCCAUUACCCUGAAAGAGGAAAUUUGUCUUCUUGGGAUCAGGGUGACAAAAAGAAAACAUGAAAUAAUUUUGAAACUCAGAACAUCAAUCACCGUUCAGGUUUCUUGCUCACAUGUUUAUGGAUUAGUAGCCUGGCUACCAAUUCUUUUGUAAAAUUAAUAGUCCCAUGGAUGUAUUUCAUGGUUACUGUUAGUGCUUUGCCAAUGGACUGAAAAUAAUGAAAUUAGUAUUUAGUUUA